AUGGCAUAUCCGGUUGUGAAAGGAGUGUAUUGGUUGGGUGAGAGUGAAUUCCCUAUCUAUAAGAUUGAAUCAAAUCUCUUCACCCACAUCUUCUGGAGUUUUGCGAAUCUCGAUCCGAAAACCCACGAAGUCUCUGUUGAUGUAACAGCCGACACAUUCACGAAUUUCACAACAACUGUCCGGCAGAAGAACCCUGAUGUGAAAACAUUGAUCUCUAUCGGAGGUCCAAAAGCGGACGUAUCUGCUUUUGUUGCCAUGGCUAGCAAUGGCGACGCGCGUAAAAAAUUCAUUGAUUCCUCGAUCAAGUUGGCUAGGGAUUACGAGUUCGAUGGCCUCGAUCUUGAUUGGGAAUACCCAGCAAGUGAAAUGGAGAUGACAAACUUUGGGCUGCUUGUUCAAGAGUGGCGGGUAGCAGUGGCUGUGGAUGCUGGGAAUCCCACUAAAGAACAUGCAUUACUUCUCACAGCAACGGUUUCCUCCGCAUCUUCUAUAAAAAUAUUAAACGACAAAGAUGAUCAGCCGCGCUCCUAUCCUUCCAAGAUAAUAAACCACGACUUAGAUUGGAUUAAUCUCAAGGAUUACGACUUCUAUUCUUCCAAACUGGAGGGCGACAAAACACGCGCACCCGCGGCUCUCUACGACCACGUCGCUAACUCUGACCUGAGUGGGAGUAGCGGAAUCCAAGACUGGAUCCAAGCUGGGGUCAAACCGCAAAAAUUGGUUCUCGGGAUUGCCUUUUAUGGCUACGGUUGGAAGCUAAAGGAUCCUAAUACUCACGGCAUUUUGGCCCCGGCAGAUGGUCCCGCGCCUUGGACCGGCCUUAACGGCUCAAUGGAGUACUACCAUAUCAAGGCUUUUAUCAAAAAAAACAAUGCAACCACUGUUUUCGAUACUAGUUUUGUCACCGAUUAUUGUUACAAGGGUAAGACCUGGUUCGCCUACGACGGCAUUCAGAGUGUCAAACAUAAGGUCGCUUAUCUUAAGGCCCAAGACUUGCGUGGUUACUUUGCAUGGCACGCUGGAGCCGACGACCUAAAUGGAGAGCUUUCCGCCGCGGCUUCACAAGCAUGGGGUACUGGAGCUUAA